GAAGACUAUUAUCCGAAGCACUGACGUCACCUCCGACUCCAACGCCGAUUACCCGGAAUUGGUAGCUUGAAGUGUGUGAGAAGUGCAGACAUCUGCAUUGUUUAUUUCCGUUUCUUGUAUUGAACCCGCAGUUUGUGAUAUGCCCCGUUACUGUGCUGCAAUGUUCUGUAAAAAUCGCGGAGGCCUGUCUUCAAAAGAUAAUAGGAAAAUUAGUUUCUAUCCGUUUCCACUGCAAGAUAAAGAAAGGCUUCAGAAAUGGACAGUGAACAUGAAACGAGGAGCGUGGCUCCCCAGUAAACAUCAGUAUUUAUGUAGUGAUCAUUUCACUCCAGACUCCUUUGAUGUGCGCUGGGGUAUACGGUAUCUGAAGCACAGUGCUGUACCUACAGUUUUUGCAUUCUCGCAUGAUCGACAUGGCUCACAAGCAGUACAGGAGGAGUGGUCUAGGCCACAUACAAGAAAGAAAAAAGCAGUGCCAAAGGAAAAGGCAGCUGAUAACAAUGACAUAAAUACAUUUGUCAAACCUCCUCCUUCAACACAGAAAAAAUCUUUGCUUUUAAAAAAGCAAGAUAAAACAGAAAAAGCAGCCAGCCCUCAAAUUGAAUGUUUUGAAAAGGAAAACUCAGAGACAGCUCCCCCUGUGGAAUCAGAAGGACAAAACUGCCAAAAGGAAAACAUAAAACUAAAUGACCAGGAAGGUGCACAUUCUUUUGAGAUACUUAACACCAAUGCUUCAGCUGUAGACACCACAAACAGUGCUCAAGAUGCAAAAGAAGAACUGAAGGAAAAGUUAAUAUCAGUCAAGUCUGAGCCCCCAUCUGAGAAUGAGUCCACUGAAAAGCAACUUGAUUCAACGUCUCCAAGCACUUGGGAGUCUGUUGGAAACAGAGCUCCAUGUCAUUCUGUUGAACCAACAAAUCAAACUUUAAAUACAGACAUUAUUACAGGUCCUGUUGGGCAUAAUGAAGAAAUUUGCGAUUUAGUUGAACCACCUGAAACACAGCAGUGCACUGACACAGAUCAGAUCUUUUUUUCUGAACAUUCGUAUUGCAGACAGGACACUGACAAGGAACAUCUAUGGAAAAAAAUUGCCAGUCUACAUGAAAAGAUAACAGAGCUGGAGAAAAAUGAAGAGGAAACAGUAGCUAAACUUAACUCACUUACUAAUCUUAUUACACAUUUAAAGCAGGAGAAUAUUGUUUCUGAAGAGAAGUUGAAGGUCUUGGAGAACUAUUUUACAACGCUUGAGUUUUCUAUGGUGCAAUGAUUUGAAGCAGGAUACCACAACAUGUUUAAGCACUGUCCUGUAAGUUGAAAGAGUGAUGAAAUAGCAUUGGAAAUUCAUAACAUUAAAAUACAUGUUUAUAACAUUAAAAUACAUGUUGUCGUAACAUACUGUAUGCUUCUUUCAAAACUGCACACAAGACUAACAUAGCAAAUACCGUAGAAGUGCUUAAGUACCCCCAUUGGAAGAGGAUUUUGAUUCAACCAAUUCACUGGAAAACAAGGCAAAUUUAAAACAAAUAUUUAGUUCCUAGUUUAAACACAAUUUGGACUAUUAGUGUUAUUUGUGGACCUGGAUUAAACCCCCCUGCUCUAAGGUGUGGUCCCAUAGGUUAGCCUUUGGAAAAUUUCUUUUCUGAACAAUUGCAAUAGUUAAACUGAUGGUCUGCCUUUAAUUCAAUGUACUACACGUAUUCACUUAGAUAUUUAUCAAUACACAUUAAAAGUACACAAAUACAUUUUUUGACUGGUUUCCAAAUGUCUCUUGUUGGCCAACAACACCUACCUGACUUAAACCAAUUAAACAUUAAACCAAUGUUUAUUUUUUUGAGAGAUAAAAUCACUUCAAUUGCAGACCAUCUGCAUAAUAAGUAACGUAGUGUAAUAUUUUAUUUUUUAUAUAUAUAUUUUUUUUUUUCUGCAGUUCAAAAUAUUUCACAAUGGACUAUACAAAAUAUCCAUAUCCACUAUUCUGUAUGUGUGCAUAGCAGUGAGGCUAACAUUUAUAUAAGGUAUAUAAAUGAUGGACAUUGAUGAAAUGGUUUUGGUUUCUUUUUAAUCACUCGAUCAUUCAUCCUUGACCACGACACGCUUGAGUGACUAUGACUGAAGCAUAUUCACUUAAUCACCUAAUUAGUGAGACAGUUGAUUGGACACUGGAUAUGGAGUGAUUUCAGCUGUUGAAUUGCAAGCUUGAAUAAAUGCAAUAAAGAAAAUCACAGAAAAAAAAAACAAUAUGCCACAUCUGUCAAGAGAGCAGAGCCUUCGUGCAAUCGGCAUGUUGGAGGCUGGACUAGGGCAGCGUACAAUGGCUUGCUGUCUUGGGUGCUCACAGCCAGCAAUUUCAAACCUGGCGAGACAGUAUAACCAGACGCACGUUGUCAAUGACAAGCCACGAGCUGGGAGACCAAGAGUCACAACACCUGCCCAAGAUUGACAGAUUAUUUUGCAGCAUCUUCGUGAUGUCAAUUGUUAAUCAGCACAAUAAAAAGUCACUGCACCUGCACUAAAACAGAGUUUUUCAUUUUUCGAUCACAUCUAGUGAAUUAUGAUAAGUGAUAAGUUUUUUUGAUGCUCAGUAUGUAGACUCUUUGAGCUAAAAUAUAUAUAU